GCAUCGUCGACGGUAACGGCAAGCCACAACACGAUACGCUUUCAGUCUUGUGCACACGCUCGCCGCGACGAGUUCUCAGUCUGUCUCCGCCGCCGUCCGUUUCACGUCGCUACCCGCGUCUCGAAUAUAAUAUUACAGCACUGUUAAACUGCCUGCCACCGCAGCGCUACGACAAUAAUAUUAUAACGUCACAGUUAUUGCACGGCACUCGCACACCGUCAUCGUUGUGUCGCGUUCGCCCGCCGUACCGGAUAACAUCACACGACGGUGUAUCAUAGUAAUAAUAAUAUUUUAUCGUUUUAACGUGUCCGUCGUCAGGAGGAAAAAAGUCAAACUUUGCGAUAGUGUAGACGACAAAAAAAAAGCUCACCGCCGCCGAUUCGAUCGACCCGCCAGGUCGGCGUUGUGUGUACCUCUGCGGUCAACUAGCGCGGCGCACGUGUUCCACGUGACGGACACCACCCGCACGCCGCGCGUUCGUUAGUGGGUACGUAACUGUUGGCAGUGCGCUACCGCUUUAUUCGGUCGCGACACGCGUACCGUCCCGUCUAACCGGCUGCCGCCCCCGUUGUUCCAGGUGUCCAACAUCGCCACCCCCCACGCAGACAUGGCCGCGCACCAGGAACAACCCGUGCCGGAGCAGGACCCGUGGACCGGUCCGCAGAAAGACGGUCUGUACGACCCGCAGCUGGAGAAAGAAGCGUGUGGCGUGGGAUUCAUCGUGGCCAUCGACGGCAAGCGCACCAACAAGAUUGUUCGUGAUGCACAAAAAUUAGCCAUGAGAAUGAACCACCGGGGCGCAUGCUCAUGCGAUAACGAUUCUGGUGAUGGAGCGGGUGUACUAACAGCCAUACCACACUCUUUUUACGCCCACGAGCUAAGGGAACAAGAAAACGUGGAAUUGCCAGAAGAGGGCAAGUACGCGACUGGCAUGUUUUACUUAGACAAGGCGCACCACGCUGAGAGCGAAGAGAUGUUCGCCGCCAUCGGUUUAGAAUGCAAAAUCAAAGUGUUGUGCUGGAGGACGGUGCCGGUGCGCAACAAUCAGAUCGGCGAGGUGGCCAGGAGCAGCGAGCCGUUCAUCCGCCAGGCGUUCGUGGUGGACGCAGCCGAGGUGUAUGACGAGGACGACUUCAAGCGCCGCGUGUUCGCGCUCCGGAAGCGGUCCACGCACACCAUACCCAAGCCGGGCAGGAGGUUUUACAUUUGCUCGCUGUCGCACACCAUCGUCGUGUACAAAGGACAGUUCACUUCGGAUCAGCUGUGGGCGUACUUUACCGACUUACAAAGUCCGGAUUACGAAACGUACCUAGCACUCGUUCAUACCAGAUUCUCAACGAACACUUUCCCGAGCUGGGAGAGAGCACACCCUCUGAGAGUGUUGGCGCACAACGGCGAGAUAAACACGGUGCGCGGUAACGUGAACUUCAUGACUGCUCGAGAAGGUGUGAUGGAAAGCAAGCACUUUGACGAUAUCAAACAGCUGUAUCCGGUGGUGGAACCGAAUCUGUCCGACUCUGGGUCGGCCGAUUGCGUUUUGGAAUUCCUGAUCAACGCGGGUGAGUGUUCGCUACCUGAGGCUGUCAUGACCAUGGUCCCUGAAGCCUGGCAGAACGAUCAGACUAUGCCUUCCGAAAAAAGAGACUUCUAUAACUGGGCGGCGUGCGCGAUGGAACCCUGGGAUGGUCCAGCAUUGUUAACGUUUACCGACGGACGAUAUGUCGGUGCUUUGUUGGACAGGAACGGAUUAAGACCAUCUCGAUUCUACGUAUUGAAAGACAAUGUCAUGGUUAUGGCGUCUGAAGUCGGAGUGUACGAUACAGACCCAGCCAAUGUAGCUCUGAAGAGUCGUUUGAAACCUGGUCGUAUGCUGUUAGUUGACACCAAAGAGAAACGCAUCAUACAAGAUGUUCAACUAAAAUUGGAUAUAGCAAGGAGUAGACCACAUUCUGAUUGGCUUAGAGAACAGAUUACUAUUGAAGACUUGAGAGAGGAAGCUGUUGCUAAAGGAUUUGGUUUAGUGCGUGCCAAAUCAAUAGAAUUUAUAAGUGGCGAACGUAAGAAGACAAUUAGAGAAAACAUUCCAGAACAAGAAAUGACUCGCAUAUGGGGAGGAGACAGACGUUUAUUGUUAUUUAGUUACUCAAUUGAAACUAUUAAUAUGUUGAUUAUCCCAAUGAUCAGAACUAAGAAAGAAGCAUUGGGCUCUAUGGGAAAUGAUGCUCCACUUGCUUGUCUGUCUUUGUUUCAACCAUUGAUAUACUCAUACUUCAAACAGUUAUUUGCCCAAGUAACAAAUCCACCAAUUGAUCCUUUCCGUGAAAAAAUUGUCAUGUCGUUAAUGUGCCCAAUUGGACCUGAAGCCAAUAUUCUUAUUCCAAGUGCCAAACAGUGUCAUAGAUUAUUUUUACCAAACCCAAUACUAUCACUUUAUGAUCUGGAAGUCUUACGCAAUAAUCUACAUCGUGGCUGGAAGACAAAAGUUAUUGAUGUUACAUUUAAUAAAGAAGAAGGCCCAUCAGGUUUUUCAAAAGCAUUGGAUCGUAUAUGCGAAGAAGCCAGUGAAGCUGCUAAUAGCAACUAUCAACUUAUUAUAUUGUCAGAUAGAUCAGCUGGAUCUGAAAGAAUACCAAUUAGUAUUUUAUUAGCCUUAGGAGCAACACAUCAUCAUUUAAUUGAUCUGAGGCUACGUAUGAAAGUUGGUUUAAUUGUCGAGACUGGUGAAGCUAGAGAAGUUCACCAGAUGUGCGUUUUAUUGGGUUAUGGUGCUGAUGGCAUAUGUCCUUACCUAGUAUUUGAAAUGGCAAAAAGUUUACGUGCUGAAGGAGUUUUGGAUUCAUCUUUUACCGAUAAAAUAUUAUUCGAGAACUAUUGCGAGGCAAUGGAAAGGGGAAUUUCUAAAGUGAUGGCAAAAAUGGGUAUAUCCACACUACAGUCUUACAAAGGAGCUCAGAUAUUCGAAGCUGUAGGAUUGGCAGAUGAAGUAAUAAACAAGUGUUUUAAAGGCACCCAAUCCCGUAUUGGUGGUAUCAACUUUGAACGUUUAGCCAAAGAAGCAUACGAACGUCAUUACCUAUCUUAUUCUUACCGUAAUACUGAUAUGUUAGUUUUAAUGAAUCCUGGUUAUUUCCACUGGCGUACAGGUGGUGAAAAACAUAUAAACGACCCUAUCAGUAUAGCUAACCUACAAGACGCAGCAAGUAACAAAAGCACAAGUUCAUAUGAUAAAUUUUGUGAAUCAACAAUGGAAAGUGUACGUGCUUGUACCCUAAGAGGUCAAUUGGAAUUAGUUCCUACCACUAAAUCAAUAAAUAUUUCUGAAGUUGAACCGGCAGCUAAUAUUGUAAAAAGAUUUGCUACAGGUGCUAUGAGUCUUGGUUCAAUCUCUAUUGAAGCACAUACAUCCUUAGCAAUUGCCAUGAACAAAUUGGGAGGAAAAUCAAAUACUGGAGAAGGAGGUGAAAAUGCUGACCGCUAUUUGAAUCAAGAUGCAGAAAAUAACAAACGAUCAGCUAUUAAACAAGUAGCAUCUGGACGAUUUGGUGUUACUAGUUCAUAUCUAGCUCACGCUGAUGAUAUACAAAUUAAAAUGGCCCAGGGUGCUAAACCUGGUGAAGGAGGGGAAUUACCUGGCUAUAAAGUGACUAAAGAUAUUGCUGCCACUAGACAUUCAGUACCAGGUGUAGGAUUAAUAUCUCCACCACCUCAUCAUGAUAUCUAUUCAAUUGAAGAUUUAGCAGAACUUAUUUAUGAUUUGAAGUGCGCUAAUCCUAAUGGAAGAAUAUCUGUAAAAUUAGUUUCUGAAGUUGGCGUAGGAGUAGUUGCUUCAGGUGUAGCUAAAGGAAAAGCUGAACACAUUGUAAUUUCUGGCCAUGAUGGCGGUACUGGAGCUAGUUCAUGGACUGGUAUCAAAAAUGCAGGUCUUCCAUGGGAACUUGGUGUAGCAGAAACUCAUCAAGUCCUGGUAUUGAAUAACUUGAGAUCUAGAGUAGUUGUCCAAGCUGAUGGUCAAAUACGAACAGGUUUUGAUGUCAUUGUAGCUGCUUUGUUGGGUGCAGAUGAAAUAGGGUUGAGUACUGCACCAUUAAUUGUAUUAGGAUGCACCAUGAUGAGAAAAUGCCAUUUAAAUACUUGUCCUGUUGGCAUUGCAACUCAAGAUCCUGUUCUGAGGAAAAAGUUUGCUGGUAAACCAGAACAUGUUAUUAACUACUUAUUUAUGUUAGCUGAAGAUGUAAGAAAACAUAUGGCUAACCUUGGUGUUGCUAAGUAUCAAGACCUUAUUGGACGCACUGACCUUCUCAAAAUGACUGACAGCAACAACAACCCUAAAGCGAAGUUCUUAAAUCUUAGUCCUGUACUACGUAAUGCCUUACAUAUGAGACCUGGGGUUAACAUAAUUGGUGGAUCAGAAUCACAAGACUUCCAACUAGAAAAACGCAUGGACAAUAUUGUUAUAACAGCUGCACAACCAGUAAUUGAUGGUUUGCAAAAAAGUGUAAAUAUUGAACUUACCAUUAAUAAUGAAUGCCGUGCUUUUGUUUCAACUUUAAGCUACUAUAUUUCAAUGAAAUAUGGAGAUGAUGGCUUACCAGAUAACAGUAUAAACAUAAAAUUGAAAGGCUCUGCUGGACAGAGUUUUUGCGCAUUUAUGACUAAAGGAGUACAUGUUACUUUAGAAGGAGAUGCUAAUGAUUAUGUUGGAAAAGGUCUUUCUGGAGGUGAAAUAAUCAUUUUCCCACCAAAAUCGUCAACAUUCCAAUCUGAACUCAAUGUAAUAGCUGGCAAUGUUUGCUUGUAUGGAGCUACUAGCGGAAAAGCAUUUUUCAGGGGUAUUGCAGCUGAACGUUUUUCAGUCAGAAAUUCUGGUGCUAUAACAGUUGUUGAAGGAGUUGGUGAUCAUGGUUGUGAAUAUAUGACUGGUGGUUGUGCAGUAAUUUUGGGUCUAACAGGACGUAAUUUUGCUGCUGGUAUGUCUGGUGGUAUUGCUUAUGUUCUUGAUGUUGAUGGAUCUUUUAAAAGCAAAUGCAAUACAGAAAUGGUAGAACUACUUCCCCUUGACCGCAAAGAAGAUCUAAACUAUGUUCAAUCUCUUUUAGAAGAAUUUGUUCUUAAAACCGAAUCAGUUAUUGCAUCUAAAUUGUUAGAUUCGUGGCCCCAUUCUGCAUCAAAGUUUAUCAAAGUAUUCCCUUACGAAUAUCAAAGAGCUUUAAAACAAUUAGCUGAAGAAGCAAAAGUAACACAAAGCCACACAAAUACAAUAGAAGUUGUUAAUGAACCUAGUGUCCGUGAGCCUAGUAUUCGUGACAUAGAAGAAACAAUUAAUGAUCAAACAUUUGAAAAAAAAAGGCUUGAAAAAAUAUUGGAUAAGACUCGAGGUUUUGUAAAAUAUUCACGAGAAACAAUGAUGUAUAGACCUGCUGAAAAAAGACUCAAUGAUUGGGACGAAAUUUACAAUUUCCAACAUGUCAGAAAAGGACUUAGGGUUCAAGCUGCAAGAUGUAUGGAAUGUGGUGUACCAUUCUGUCAAUCUUCACAUGGAUGUCCUUUGGGAAAUAUCAUACCAAAAUGGAAUGAUUUAGUUUUCAAUAAUAAUUGGCAAGAGGCAUUAAAUCAACUUUUACAAACUAAUAACUUCCCUGAAUUUACUGGGCGUGUUUGUCCUGCUCCAUGUGAAGGAGCGUGUGUUUUGGGCAUUAAUGAACCUGCUGUAACUAUUAAGAAUAUAGAAUGUGCAAUUAUUGAUCAUGCUUUUGAACAAGGUUGGAUUAAACCUGAACCACCAAAGAUCCGAUCAGGUAAAACUGUAGCUAUUGUUGGAUCUGGUCCAUCAGGAUUAGCAACUGCUCAUCAACUGAAUAAGGCUGGACAUUUGGUUAAAGUUUUUGAGAGAAAUGAUCGUGUUGGUGGAUUAUUGCAAUAUGGGAUUCCAACUAUGAAACUAUCUAAAGAAGUUGUACAAAGGCGAAUCAGACUUUUAGAAGAUGAAGGAGUGGUUUUCCAUACAAAUGUCAGCGUUGGAAAAGAUUAUUUAGCUAAAGAGCUCUUGGAUCAAUUUGAUGCUGUUGUAUUAUGUACUGGUGCUACAUGGCCAAGAGAUCUACCAAUACCUGGUCGUCAUCUAGAAGGUAUUUACUUUGCUAUGAACUUCUUAGAAUCUUCACAAAAAAAACAACUCGGCGGGCCAACAGACUUGCCCCUUUUAGCAAGGGAUAAAGACAUAAUAGUGAUUGGUGGUGGUGAUACUGGUUGCGAUUGUAUUGCUACUUCAUUGAGACAGAGGGCAAGAUCUAUAACAUCAUUUGAAAUUCUUCCUGAACCACCAGCAACUAGAAGUCGAGAUAACCCUUGGCCACAAUUCCCUAGAGUAUUUAAAGUGGAUUAUGGUCAUGAGGAAGUUAAAAUUAAGUAUGGCAGAGACCCUAGACAAUUUUGUAUCAUGAGCAAGGAGUUUGUUGAUGAUGGUAAUGGUCAUGUUAGUGGAAUUAAGACAGUUAAAGUAAAUUGGACUAAAGACGAAGCUGGACGAUGGAAAAUGGAUGAAGUACCAGAUUCUGAACAGAUUUUCAAAUGUGAUAUGGUUCUUUUGGCAAUGGGAUUCCUUGGUCCUGAACGUACAAUUGUCAAUGAAUUAUCAUUAGCCCUUGAUCCGAGAUCUAAUUACCAGACACCUUCUGGUCGUUAUGCUACAUCCGUUCCUAAAGUAUUUGCUGCGGGAGAUUGCCGCCGUGGCCAAUCAUUAGUAGUUUGGGCAAUAUCUGAAGGACGCCAAGCAGCUAGAGAAGUAGACGCAUUCCUCAUGGAGCAAUCUGUAUUGCCCGGACCCGGUGGUGUGAUAUCUAUUCAAACAGUUAGUGCUUAAAUUAGUAAGUUGAACAUAACUGGACAAUAUUGAGGGAAUCGUGUUGGUUUUUAAAAAUAAUAUCUAAACAUUACAGUGUGUUAGUUCUUUUUUUCAACUGAUUAGGUAUCAAAACCAUAUUGUUGUUAUUUAUAUAUAUAUAUAAACAUAUAUAUAUAUAUAUUUUUUUUUUACUAAUAACUUAAGUAUGGUUACGUUAUUUUUUAAGCUCCUAUGGAAACAAUAAAUUCCUAAGAUCGAUUUUCGAUUUACUGGUAACAAAAAAAAUUAAAAACAACACGCUAACAUGUGUUUUCCUUAUUCAUACAAUUAGAUACUUAUUAUAUAAUUAUAUAAAUGGAGUGAUCGUGUGUUAUAAUUAUCCAUACAUUUAAUAUUAUCUUAAAUUCCAUUUUCCCAGCUAUUUAAAUUUAUAUCAAAAUUUGUGAAUAUUGACAAAAGUGUAAAAGACUGACUUUCUAUUAAAAAUUGUAUUUUUAAAUAAUAUGUUUGUAUGAAUAAUAGCAUUUUUAGCUAAUGUGUUUGUUUUCUAUACAUUAUAAAGUAUAGAAUGGUUAAGAAAUGUAUUUUAUUUAGACGAAUUGACUGGAUUAAUAUUUUUUACAAACAAAAAUAUUAGGUAAAGAUUUUUUAACUAUCCUCACUAAAUAAAAUACACAAUUAGGUAUACAACAAUGUUCAUUGAAAACUGUCUAAAAUAUGACAUACCACAUUCAAAUUUAAUUUUUAAUUAAAUAACAUUUGCUAUUCUUGAUUAAUAAUUAUGAAUGUGUAUACAUUAACAUAGUAUCACAACAAUAGAGAAUCAGUCUUUAACACUUAUAAUAAAUUUCACACUUGUUAGAUUUCAUAUUCAUAAAUAUUGUUUACAGUAUUAUCGUCCAGUUUGUUGAAUAUAUUUAUUU